UUAUACUUUUUCUCUUCCAAAAAGUUAGGCAUUUUUCAUUUUCAUUCUUCUUUUCUCUGUUUCAUUUCGGCCAAUUUCUUCCCUCGCUGUUCUUGCAUCUUUUUCAACGAAACGCUUAUCACAUUUUAGGUAUUUGAUCGUUUUUCUUCCGCAUUUCUCCAACUCGUCAACCAUUUUCUUCUACGGCCUGCUAUUGUUGCAAAGCGAGCUGCCACUACUAUGUCUGUUACCUCUCCCACCUUCAAUCUCUUCCAUUCCACAGUUCCUUCCAACCCAGAUGCUUUCUUUUCAAAUCUCGAAGUUAGAGCUUCGGGAUGCUUUAGAUGGCCUUGUUCUGAACCCAGGGGAUCCUUCAAGCUUGUUGCUCUUCAUCAUUCCUCGAAUGUGAACUGCCGGAUUCGACUUAAUUGUAUUUCGUCCGAGGCGGCGGCUGAGACCAUCGUCGCACCGGAGGACUCUAAGGUUUUUGAUGAUGUUAAUUCUGUAUCUCGAAUUGAUGCGGAUGGUGGCGUUGGAGGAGGUGGGAACCCGUUUGGUAGCGGCGGCGGUGGCGGUGGCGGUGGGGGAGAUGGAAAUGGUGAUGGCGAGGAUGAGAGGGAGUUUGGGCCGCUUUUGAAAUUAGACGACGUGAUCAAGGAAGCUGACGCUCGAGGAGUGAGACUUCCUUCGGAUAUGCUCGAGGCUGCUAAGGCAACCGGGAUUCGGGAAGUUUUUCUUCAUCGUUACUUGGACUUGCAGGGGUCAGGUUGGUUGUUAGGCUUCUUGAUGAAUUCAUGCUCCAUGUUUCGUGACCGAAUGCUAGCAGAUCCAUCUUUUCUUUUUAAAGUUGGAACAGAGGUAGUCAUCGAUUCAUGCUGUGCUACAUUCGCCGAAGUUCAGAAAAGGGGAGAUAAUUUCUGGCCAGAAUUCGAGUUGUUUGCUGCUGAUCUAUUGGUUGGUAUUGUGGUCGACAUUGCUUUGGUUGGUAUGUUAGCACCAUACGCUCGUAUAGGACAGCGGCCUGUAUCAAGAGGAUUAUUGGGACAGAUGCAACAUGCUUAUUCUGCUCUUCCUAGCAGUGUUUUUGAAGCUGAAAGGCCGGGGUGUAAAUUCACAGUGAGGCAGCGAAUUGCAUCAUAUUUCUACAAGGGUGUCUUGUAUGGCUCAGUGGGAUUUGGCUGUGGUCUCAUUGGCCAGGGGAUUGCUAAUUUGAUCAUGAACGCAAAACGGUGUAUAAAGAAAUCAGAUGAGGAUGUUCCUGUGCCUCCUCUUAUUCAGAGUGCUGCUCUCUGGGGUGUUUUCCUUGCCGUAUCUUCCAACACUCGUUAUCAAAUUGUGAACGCACUUGAGCAGGUCGUCGAAGCAUCACCUUUGGGAAAGAAAAUUCCACCGGUGGCAAUGGCUUUCACAGUUGGUGUGAGGUUUGCCAACAACAUUUAUGGUGGUAUGCAGUUUGUGGAUUGGGCAAGAUGGAGUGGGGUUCAAUAAAUUUUUAUUUAACAUGCUGCAUUAAUUAGCCUUAAUCUUAAAGAAAAGAAAAAAGCCCCCAAAUUUGGCUCCCUAUAAGCGCAGUGUUGUAUCUUGAUCUUAUAUAAGUUUUAGGUUUAGGAACUCAAAUCUCUUUCCCUCUCAGAGUUGGGUGGGGCAGGCUUAGAUAGGAUGCCAAUUUUCCUAUGAGUAUCCUUCACUAGUACUUAGGAAUUGGUAGGAUCAUGGCUUUAUUUAUCGGAUCAUUUGAUUGAAUGCAUGGAAAUUUUGCAACACGGCCCACUAAUGGUGGAGCUGGCAAAUUCACUUGAUUU